UAGUAUGUGAGCACAGUGGACAACCGCAGGGAACGAUGGCAAACUUAGAUUCCAGUAAUGCUAUUGUCACUCAACCACUUGGACAUAAUGAACAGGGUGGACGCAUUUCAAACACACCAGGUGAUAUUAUAGUUGGGACUCCUAAUGAUUCACCCGAACACGAGUGUACCACAGGGACGACAUUGUCUAAUGUUGUUUCAGAUGUUGUUGUAAGGGCUAUAGAAGAGGGUGAUGCCGAAUUUGUCGGUAGAUUGGAAAUGGAAUCGUUUAGAUCUAAAUAUGAAUGGGCGGUGGGAAAGAACAGAGUUGAGGAAUUAGCCACAAUACGACAGAAUAGGUAUCGAGAAAUAUGUGAUAAAAACUGCAGGGUCUUCAUUGCUGAAUAUAAAAACAAUCGAGCUGGAAUGCUCAUCAUAAAGUUCCAUGGAUACAAGGCACAGGGUUCAUCUACGUGUUACUUUCGUGAGAGACUCGGAUGCAGUGGCGCAUGUGGGUACACAAUGCUUUUGAUGUGUAUGGAGUCGACCGAUAUAGAUCCAGCGGAUUGUUACAUAGAUUGCAUAUGUGUCGACAAGGAGCACAGGGGCAAAGGGAUUGGCAACAUUCUAAUGGAUCGAGCUGAACACGAGGCAAAAGCAAUGGGAUGCUCAAAAAUGACCCUCUAUGUGGCUCAAAAUAACCGCGCUGUAUCCCUUUACCAAAGACAAGGCUAUCAUAUUUUUGAAGAUGCAGAUGGGUGCUGUUGUGCAUGGUGUGCAUUUGGUAUAAGGAAAUGGUACGGAAUGUCUAAGAUGAUAUAAGACAUUGGGUGGGUGGCAGCUUACUCCGUAUGAAUUAAGACAUUUCGAUAACACUAUACGGAUCAUUAAAUAUUCCAAUAUAAAAGUGGCAUACUUUACGAGAUUCUAUGGAAAAGUAACCCAUGCCAGUUAAUGAAUUUUCAAGUUUGGUCAUAUUUUUACAUGCACAAGUGCCGAAGACCAGAAAG